CAAACCUUGAAUUGUCUCCAUCCUGUCGGACAUUCACACUUGUAACACAUUGCGGAAGUAGAUUUCAGCAUGGCGUACAGAAAAACGUGUGGAUGCCUCAGUUCUUACUGUAUACAUAUUUUUGUGACUUUGUAAAUAUUCAUACUGUUCAAAAGGCAUAUUCCUCGAGACGUGAUGCCUAAGGUCAAACCAGCGACUCAAGUAGACUCUGGCGCUUCUUCGAAAACGUCAGAGUCCACCCAGAAGAAGAAACAGAAACCUGUAAAGAAACAUGUUUUUAAACACACUAACAUGAAAGAACCAUUGUCAAAAGUUAAAACUAAGGCGUUGCUUCCUCCAAAAGAUGCUCAACAGUUUUCAGCCAACUGGAAAACGUUACUAGAGAGGUUAGAAUCCAAGCCCCUGUUAGUGAAAAAGCAACCAGUACAUGAAAAUUCCAAGGUACACAUGGACAUUUCAAAGAAGGACAAGACUCAUAACGUUGCUAAAGAAAUUUCAAAGGAGGUGGCACCGCAUAAGAAGCCUGCUAAGGACUUACCAAAGAGAAAGGAUGUCGAAACAGUCGGCAAGACUGCGCAGGUCAACAGUGGGAAAGCAGUGAAGGGGAGUACUGUUGUUAGUAAAUCUCAGGUGAAUGGGAAAGGCCCAGGACCAUCGGUGACAGAACAGCCCAAUCCCAAGAGGAAACAAAACAGUGUCCAGAUGCUGGGCAAUCCGCAGAAGACGAAGAAGAAGAAAGUAGAAGUGGAGGAAAAUAAACCAACUGAAUUGGACCUGUGGUUUGAUGAUGUAGACCCUGAUGACAUUGAGGCUACAGUGGGAAAAGAUGCGGCUGAUAUCAUGAGGAAGAUACAAGGCAUUCAGAAAACCGAUCCCCAGAACACAGAGAAGAUACUGGUGAAGGACAGGGGGUUUGAGGGACUAACCAAGGCGGUGGCUAUGGACUGUGAGAUGGUGGGCGUGGGCCCAGAUGGAGAGGACAGCAUCGUAGCCAGGGUGUCCCUGGUGAACCACUUUGGGAAGUGCAUCUAUGAUAAAUAUGUCAAGCCCACAGAGAAGGUGAUAGACUACAGGACAGCUGUCAGUGGCAUUCGACCAGAAGACAUAAAAAACGGUGAGAAUUUUAAGACUGUCCAGAAAGAGGUGGUUGAGAUCCUCCAUGGAAGAACACUAGUGGGACACGCCAUCCACAAUGACCUCAAGAUUUUAUUCUUGGAUCAUCCAAAAAAGAACAUCAGAGAUACCCAAAAGUAUAAACCUUUCCAGAAAGCUGUGAAGAGUGGACGGCCCUCUCUGAAACUCUUGUGUAGAGAAAUACUAAACGUGGAAGUACAGAAGGGAGAACAUUCAUCCGUCCAAGAUGCACAGGCGACCAUGAGGUUGUACAAAAUGGCAAAGAAACAUUGGGAGGCAGAGAUCAAGGCUAGUCGUAAGAACCCAGAGUUGACCAAGAAGACCAAAGUACCUAGGAAGCCCAAGUCACCCAAACCCAAAUUAACCUGACUCUGGGUCUGAAGAAUGAACUGCAGCAGUUUGUAAGUGGGCUGAGGACAUGCCAUUGCGUAGAUGGCACAAAGGAGACUUGACUGAAUAGAAAUGCAUGUUUUUGGGAAGUAGACUCACUUAUAAAGGAAACCGUGUACAGUAAAUUGUGGAAUUUCCUUUGGUAACCCAAAAAGAUUGCAGAGAUUAUUCUAUUUAUUCAAAGCCCACUCGACCCAAAUCCUACAGAACGUUUAUUCUUAACAGAUGCCUCAGUGUCAUUCAUUGGCAGACACGUCACGUGAAUCCUUUGUUCUGAACAAGGUGUCUAUCUUCUAACAUCCUGUCGGGGUGUUGGAUUGUUGUUUCAACUUCCAAAUGUUGGGUUUAGAAAAUGUGUUCCAUUAUGUUGCUUUUGAUAACUUAUCAUGAAUUAAAAGUGAUAAACC